CCUUAGUCUAGAAAUAAACUUAUUCCUACGAGAAUAAAAUAAUCAUAAAAGUUUACAUGGCUGGUUUGAGAUCACUUCGAGGGAUUCUUGGAGUCCCACGUAGAACAAGCCUAGGGCAAAAAUGUCUGUUUUCGUAUUACCCAGUUAAUGACAGCCUCUAUGGAUUAUCAUCUGAACUCAUACAGCUUCGAGAGACAGUAUUUAACUUUGCCAAGAAGGAGAUAGCUCCAUACGCUGCAGAGGGAGAUGAAAGCAAUGCAUUUCCUGGCUUCAGAGAGAAGAUGUACAAACUGGGACAAAUGGGGCUACUAGGCAUGACCGUUCCAGCUGAAUUUGGAGGUUCUGAUGCGGGCUAUCUGGCUCAAUGUAUAGCAACAGAAGAACUAUCACGGGCAUCUGCAUCAUUUGGAGCAUUAUAUUGCGCACAUACAAACCUUUCCAUGAACAAUAUAGUACUCAAUGGUACCACAGAACAGAAGGAAAGGUUUCUUCCCAAAAUGUGUUCUGGUGAGUUACUGGGAGCUGUGGCUAUAAGUGAGACAACAAGUGGCUCAGAUGCCGUCAGUAUGAAAUUACAUGCAGAACGUCAAGAUGGCAAUUAUAGGUUGAAUGGUACGAAAACUUGGAUAUCUAAUGGACCAGAAGCAGAUAUCCUUCUAACUUAUGCCACAACCGACUCCACAAAGAAACAGCAUGGCAUCACAGCAUUUAUAGUGGAAGCUGAUAGUCCAGGAUUCAACAAAGGGCCACCGUUUGACAAAUUAGGUUUGCGGGCCAUGGGGAUGUGCCAGCUUUUCUUUGAUGACUGUAUUGUCCCAGAAUCGAACGUUUUGGGAGGUGAGAACAAAGGAGUGUAUGUAAUGAUGCGUGGACUGGACUAUGAACGACUUAACCUUGCUGCUCCACCACUCGGAAUACAACAAGCAUGUUGUGAUGUGGCCUUUGAGUAUGCCCACCAGAGGAAACAGUUUGGCAAGAACAUAGGGGAAUUCCAGUUAAUCCAAGGGAAAAUGGCGGAUAUGUAUGUUGAUGUGAACGUUUGCCGGUCCCUGUUGUACAAUGUGGCUAGAGCAUGUGACAGAGGAGCCAAGGACCCAAAGGACUGUGCAGCUGUGAUAUUGCUAUGUGCAGAAAAAGCAACAAAGCUAGCUCUGGAUGUAGUACAAAUACUUGGGGGAAAUGGUUACAUAAAUGACUACCCGGCUGGGAGGCUACUACGCGAUGCAAAAGGUUGGGAGAUAGCCGGUGGCACUAGUGAAAUACGACGUUUGCUGAUAGGGCGUGCGAUUAAUGCACAAUACAGCCGAGGGACGAUGCUUGAAACACGUCUCCUAGGAUUUAUUUAUUUCGUAAUUGUAUCCUGGGUUGGUGAAAGCUCAAACGGUGCAAUAAUUGACUACGUCGAGGUGGAGACGGAAGAUGGGAGACUGAGGGGAAAGGUCGUCGAAACCUUCGCAGGCAACGUGACUCAGUAUUUGGGGAUACCAUAUGUGGCGCCACCUAUUGGAGAAAGGCGUUUUGGCGCACCCGAAAAUGCAUCAAAAUGGAAUAGUACCCGAAAUGCAACAGCAUAUGGCGAUAUGUGCCCACAAGAUGUUUCCCUCUUGAAGAAAUAUUUGGCGGAGGAAUAUAUGGUAUCUCCUGAAAUGUCCAGACUUGUUGCUAAUGUUGUUCAUGAAAGGACAAGCGAGGAUUGUCUCACCCUCAACAUAUUCGCACCUGUUCUAAGCGGCGUCUCCCCCCGUCAGGUGUUACCUGUAAUGCUAUACAUUCACGGUGGCUCAUUCUUAGUUGGAUCUGGUAUGCUUAUUGAUGGUUCAACAUUAGCUAUUCACGGGAAUGCGAUUGUCAUUACGAUGAAUUACAGACUUGGUGUUUUGGGCUUUCUUAGCACGGGUGAUUCAUUAGUUAGAGGUAACAUGGGCUUCUUGGAUCAACUUGAAGCUAUGCACUGGAUAAAGCGCAAUAUUGCAGUAUUUGGAGGUGAUCCUGAUAAUGUGACAAUAUUCGGAGACUAUUCAGGAGCCAUAAGUGUAAAUGUUCAUAUUCUAAGUCCCUUAAGCAAAGGAUGGUUUGAUCAAGCGAUAUGCAUGAGUGGUAUUGCAAAUUUUGAAGGGUUCAAUAACGUUAACCCUGCGUUUCAAGUCAAGGGUCUUGCUGAAAACGUCAACUGCCCGGAUGAAGAUACAAGGGAGACAUUGCAAUGUCUGAAAGAGAAAUCAGUAGAGGAGUUUACAACACUGAGAACACUGACUGGCUUCAAACCUUUAGUUGACGGCCUUUUCUUGCCAAAAUACCCCAGUGAUUUGAGGACAACUGGACAGUUUAACAAAGUACCUUAUAUCAUUGGGACAAACUUAAAUGAUGCAUCGUUCUCAUCAAGUGGGGAGAGUGUAUCAUUGUCAUUGCCCGACAAGGAGUCAUUCGAAAUGGCAAUGACACAAAAAAUAAGACAAGUAUUUGGUACAUCUGUGAACCAACUUUUAAAAGAUUCAAUUAUAUUCGAGUAUAGUCCCGAUACACCAUCAGAAACUGCAUAUCUUGCCUCGUAUAUGGAGGCAUGGUCCGACUUUAACUAUAUCAUUCCCACAAUAACUGAUGCUAUUAAUCAUGUGUCUUUCAAUGCAAGUACUUUUGUUUAUCUUUUCACGCAACGGUCAUCAUUUUGGAGGCAUUCAGAAGAAGAGAAAUUAGUGAAGGCUCCUCAUGGCUCAUUUUUACCUUAUGUUUUUGGCUUGGUGCUGGAUCCAAGUUUGAAUGAAACUGUAACUGAAGGAGAACGACAACUAUCAAAACAUUUAAUGCAGAUAUGGAGUAAUUUUGCUCAACAAGGAUCUCCAAACAUUCCGGGUUUACUAGAUUGGCCCCAAUUUAGCGCACAUGAACAUGCCUAUCUUGAUAUCAACGAAAAACUUUCAGCAAAAUCUAAUUUAAAGAUGCGCAAAUAUCGCUUCUGGACAGAGAUGAUACCUAAGUUGAGGAAUCCCCCACCAGCUCCAACUGCAGACGACAAAGAGUGUGCAGAGAGUAGGACACCCAUAGAAGCAGUCUCUACCACAACAGCACAAGUUCGGGUCACAACAGAGGAAAUACCGGGAACGCCAAGUGUUUCUGUUGAAACAACAUCGGAGAUACCGACGUCAGUUACAGAAACAAAUAUCGAUGGUGGUCCUCUUGUUCCACGAUCGGUCACAAAUCGGGACAAUUUUACAACGAUUCAAACAUAUGCGACCACUCAGUCAUCAAUAGAUAAUGUUACAAACUAUAUGGUUAAAACAUCAGAGUCCUUUGACGGAAACGGCGUUACAAUGAACCUUACUGAUAAAACGAACACUGAGACUGUCACAAAUUCUACAGAAAUGCUUGAAACUAUUCCUAACAACACACAUGGUGUUACAACAAGCCCUACUAUAGACACAAAUGUAUCUGAAGUAACACAGAACGCCAAGUGCGUCGUCCAUCUUGGAACAGUAAAGUUAGCGACAAAUGAGGCCGAGUUGGCGAUUGGUAUCUUGUUCUUUUUGUCUAUAUUUCUGUUCGUAUUACUUGUCAUGGUGCCCAUAUGGUUUGCAGCAAGGGACGCUCAACUCUCAAGCCCACUCGACAACAACUUUUGAUCAUUUAGGAAAUUGGACGGCAAAAGUUUCACCAAAUGCAUUGUGACAGAGAAGUUGUACAUGCAAUUGCGAAAUGUUCAAAAUAUAGUGCUAAGCUGGCAGCCUCACACAGUCUGCAACGAUGCUCAGAUUGUUUGAAAGAAUGCUUGAUGCACGAAUACGGCAAAUGCAAUUUACAUCAGUAUUAUGAUCGUUAGAAUCUCGAAUAAAACAUUUGUCAACACGUAGGCAUAGUAAGAAAUAGAUGGACACUGUGUUAUUGCGAGGGAUGACCAUUAAAUAAUGGAUAUUGAAAGGACACUUUACAGUAGCUUGCAUCUGUUUUUCAUCAUAUGUUAUAGUAUAUAUUAUGAUUACUUUUUCAAGUUUGAUGACCAACAUAGCCAACCGACCUUAUAUCACUUGUGAAAAAUCUAAGAGAUUAAUUUUAAAGUCCUUAGUAAAAAAGUACACAUUACUUAUUGAUCACUCCCUGUGUAGUAGUAUUAAACGAAUUCAGUGCAAGGAGGUCGGAGUUAUUGCUCCAAAUUAGAGGAUGCAAAAUAGAUAUUUAUGAUGAUACAAACUAGUAAUGGAUUGUGAAGGUUUUAUGAUUCAUUCAAAGUCUCAGUCACAUUUGCUCUACGGCGGCCGUAGCUUCACAAAUUCGAUAUAGAAAAUCUACUUCGUACUGGUUAUCCCUAAAUCUAUGCUGCAU